AUCAAUUUAAUUUGGAAGACAUCCCAGAAGCUGAGUGCAAGGCUUUCUUCAGAUUUGAUAAGUACGAUCUACCGUCUCUGGCAGAAGUCUUGAACAUACCCGACAUUUUCAAAUGUCUUCAAAGAUCAACAUUACCCGGUAUGGAAGGACUUUGUAUUCUCCUUAAUCGAAUGGCAUACCCUUCUCGCUAUAGUGACAUGAUUAACCUAUUUGGUCGACCCGUCCCUUUCUUAAGUAUGGCAACAAAUGUUGUACUUGAUUUCAUAUUCGAAACACAUGGGCAUCGUAUUACCAGAUGGAACAACCACAUUCUUAAUUCAGAGUGCCUUGAAAAUUAUGCAAGGGCAAUUACUAUGAAAGGUGCAGCUUUGAGUAAUUGUUUUUGUUUUUCGGAUGGAACAGUCAGGCCAAUAUGUCGUCCAACAGUCAACCAACGUCAGGCUUAUAAUGGACACAAAAGAGUGCAUAGUUUAAAAUUCCAGAGCUUAGCUAUACCAAAUGGCAUUAUGGCACAUAUUUAUGGUCCAGUUGAAGGGAAAAGGCAUGAUGCAGGAAUGUUAAGAGAUUCUCUGUUACUAAAUGAUUUGGAUAUUAAUGCAUUUACAAGGAAUGGAAAUCCACUUUGCUUGUAUGGGGAUCCAGCUUACCCUUUGCGGGUACAUUUACAGUCCCCAUUUAGGGAUGUUCAAUUAACACAACAAAUAAAAGACUUCAACAAUUCUAUGAGCUCUGUACGAGUCUCAGUUGAGUGGCUUUUUGGUGAUGUGGUCAGAACAUUUAAAUGUUUGGAUUUUAAACAAAACUUAAAAUCAGGAUUAAGCUCAGUUGGCCAAAUGUAUGUUGUAGCAGCACUUAUGGAGAAUGCUCAUACUUGUCUAUAUGAAAAUCUUACAUCCAAAUAUUUUAACAUUUCUCCUCCAACACUUCAAAACUAUUUUACAUAA